ACGUGACCGGCACCGUGGUCGAAAUGCAGGCAGCGCUCGGGACUCGGGACUCGGGAGAGAGCGCGUGCGGCAGUGAGACCGAGACGGAGCGAGAGGAAACCGGAGCACUCGGAUGAUUUAUCUGCGCGCGGAGACGGAAAGCAACGCGCUCGAAGUCGCAUCCUGCUGUAAGGAAGAAGAACAUAGAAGACGACGCGGACAAAGUGUCUGGGUGGUGUAGGGUUGCAGCGGGGGGGCAGAGAGGCAAGCGCAUGAGGAAGGGGCAUCUGGAGACCCCUGUCCCCACACACAGCGCUUGCACACAAACACACACUCACACACACACAACGUAGUUAAAGGGAGACACGCCCACCACCAGCCAUGAGGUCCAUCCGCUCCUUCGGAAACGACGAUCGCCACGUCAUGGCCAAACACUCCACCAUUUACCCAUCCUCAGAGGCACUGGAAGCCAUACAGAGCCUGGUCUCCACCGUGGAGUGCGCUCUCAAGCACGUCUCCGAUUGGAUGGACCAGUCGCAGGCCGAGCAGCCGAGCCAGUCCGGUGGGCAGGAGGAGGAGACUGAGGCCAGCGCUGACGAAUCAACAGAGGAAAACACCAAUGAGGGCAGUAGCAGCAGCAGCAGUACUGGGGGUGAUGGCAGGGUGCUGUGUGGGGUGAUGCGGAUUGGUCUGGUGGCUAAAGGGCUGCUCAUUAAAGACGACAUGGACCUGGAGCUGGUGCUCAUGUGUCGAGAAAAACCCACACACACACUGCUGCGUACCGUCUGUGAUAACCUCCCAGUGCAGAUAGAGAAACUAACAGGAGAGAAGUACGAGGUAGAGGGCAGCGUCCCCGAGGCGGCCAUUUUGAUUCGCAGUACAGCGGAGCCCAAACUCACACUGAAGGUCACACUCACCUCUCCACAGAUCAGAGAGGAUGGCGAGACAGGAGAGCAAGAGAGCGCUGUUGAGGCGAGCGAGCCGUCGGACCUGCUGGAUAGACAGAGGUGCCUGGUGGCGCUGGCCUCUCUGCGACAUGCUAAAUGGUUCCAGGCGAGAGUAAACGGAUUAAAAUCCGGAGUGAUUGUUUUACGGAUUCUGAGGGACAUGUGCAACCGAGUGCCGGCCUGGGAACCUCUCAAAGGAUGGCCGUUGGAGCUGCUGUGUGAGAAGGCCAUCGCGACGUGCAACCGGCCGCUGGGAGCGGGAGAGGCUCUGCGCAGGGUCAUGGAGUGUCUGGCCUCUGGGAUCCUGCUCCCAGGUGGACCGGGCCUGCACGAUCCAUGUGAAAAGAACCCGACGGACACGCUGGCGGCCAUGACGGACGAGCAGGCGGAGGCCAUCACGUACAGUGCACAGCACGCCCUCCGGCUGAUGGCUUUUGGUCAGAUCUACAAGGUCUUGGAGAUGGAUCCACUUCCCUCCAACAAACCCUCAUCAAAAUACCCCUGGUCAGAUAAAGAAGGAUCAGGGCUGAAGAGGCCCUAUGAGGAUGGCCUGAUGGACGACAAAGACCUCAUCAAGAAAAUGAAACGCAACCUGAGAAAAGUUUUAGACAGUAAAGCAAUAGACUCCAACCAGCCCAUGAAUGCCCUCAUGCGGUUGAAUCAGAUCCGCCCGGGCCUGCAGUACAAGCUCCUGUCUCAGUCCGGUCCGGUUCACGCUCCGGUCUUCACCAUGUCCGUAGAUGUGGAUGGAACCGUCUAUGAAGCCUCGGGCUCUUCAAAGAAAACGGCUAAGCUGCACGUAGCUGUUAAGGUGCUGCAGGCGAUGGGUUACCCAACAGGCUUUGACACAGACCUGGACUCCAUGAGUGCAGAUGAGAAGUCGGACAGUGAGGGCAAGAGCGAGACAUCCACACACUCAAGCAAUAACACAUCACACUCCACAGACAGCUCCAGCACACUGGAGGUGCGAACUCAGGGUCCUAUUCUGACGGCGAGUGGUAAGAACCCAGUGAUGGAGCUGAACGAGAAACGGCGAGGCCUCAAAUAUGAGCUGAUCUCCGAGAGCGGCGGCAGCCACGACAAACGUUUCGUCAUGGAGGUGGAGGUCGACGGACAGAAGUUUCGGGGCGCGGGACCUAAUAAAAAGGUAGCCAAAGCUAGCGCCGCCCUCGCCGCUCUGGAGAAACUGUUCUCGGGACCCAAUGCUGCCGGCAACAAGAAGAAAAAAAUCCUCCCUCAGAAUAAAGGAGCGAUCGCUGCCGCUGCCGCCGCCGCCUCUGCUGUUGCAGCUCAGGCUGCUCGUGGAAGAGGAAGAGCUGCACUCGCAAGAGGAGCCUUCGUCAGCGCGGCCGCACCAGGCUACGUCACACCAGGUUUCGGAAGCCCGUAUGGCUACAGCGCUGCAGCUGCUGCUCCUGCAUACGGUGGUCUUUUCAUUGACAAUCCCUUUUACCAGCCGCGGACCAUCGCACCUUUUAUUAUUCACUUGGGUCCUCAAGAUCUCUUCUCUGACUUCUAGAACCAUCAGGUUGUGUGGCUCUAAAGUGUCGUGUACCGCUCCAGGCUUGAGCAGGCUCUCUCUCUCUCUCUCUUUUUCUCAAUCUCUUUCUCUCUCUCUCUCUCUCUCUCUUGACCGCACACAAACACCCUUAAACAACCGCACACACUCCUUUCUCCCAAAAACACACACAAGCAGCUCGUAACGAAAGCAAUACCCGAUUUGUUCGACCUCGGCUCACGGCGGAGGAAUUUUUGGCAAUACACGUGAACUGAUUUUUAUUUAUUAAUUUAUUUUUUACACGGCUUAAAGCUUUUCCUGAGAUGAUGUGAAUGUUCAGUCUUUACUCUGGCGCUGCAGUAUAUUAAUUUCCACUGUAUAUUCACCAUAAAUAUAUAAAUAUAUACAUAUAUAUGUAUGGUAUAAGUCUACUAUAAAUAUAUAUGUGUAGAUACACGGAUGUACUUAUGUAUAUUUCUAUACUAUAUAUAUAUAUAUACCUAUACAUUUAAAUAUCGUUGGUAUAAAUUAUUUUAGAAAGUGAACUGUAACUAUAUUAUAACUUAGCAUUUAGCCAAUAGCUUUCUUCUUCCAGUUUUAUAAACACACUGAGCAAUUUAAUGUCAUCGUUUAAUCUAUAUAUGAACACGCAAUACCAAGGAACGAACGCACACACGCCCUUUUCUGAAUCUACACCUCGUAGAUUAGCGAUGCUUCCUCCUUUUGCGCCUCAGCGGCUUCACCGUGUGUGUGUGUGUGUGUGUGUGUGUGUGUGUGUGUGUGUGUGUGUGUGUGUGUGUGUGUGUGUGUGAGAGAGAGAGAAAUGUAUUUGACCAAAGCCUGGUGUUUUGGCUCUUUACAUCCAAUACGCAUAGCAAUACCCAUCACUUCUCGCCUCAUACACACUCAGACGCAGGUUUUUAGAAAGCACACGUUCCGUCCCGUCCCGUCCUGCGCAGCUGCUCGCUCCUCGUCCACGCGCUCGGGUCAGCUCCUGCGUCCGCUCCGUUUUUAUUUUAUUUUUUAUUUAGAAUGAUUUUUAACACCACAAAGCACAAAGAGUUAGCGAUCGACUCUGAACCGGAAACCUCAGCCCUGUUUUUUUUAAAUACCACAAUAAUUUACACAAGUGACUGCUCUAGAGUCUGGUGCAAAAGUUUGUACACCCUCCAGGAGUGUCCUCUUUUUCCUCACACAUUCCUCCGUACCUACACUCCUUUUUUGUCUUUUGUCCCCCCCAAAAGAAAAGUCUUGUCUGUUUGCGUGCAUUAUAAAUAAAACGUCUGCAGUAUCGUUUCACUUCACACCCACAAUGCACCGCUCCAGACUACAGAUUUAGGAUGAAGACCCGAGAGAACCCUUCGUAUUCUGGAUAGAACCUUAAACAGCACGUGGUCUCUCUGGAAAAAUCCCACGCUUUUGUCAGCUUUCACCCAGAUUUGUGUAUUCUCUUUCUUUAACACUCUGAGUGUUAAACAUUUUAUUAAUGAGAUGUUUUCCAAAAGGUUUUUGUGUUCGGUUUUCAGAUCGUUGUCUUGUUCAGAUUUUAUUGUCCGAUAUUUGGAGCAUUUUCCCAAUUAAACACCCUCGAGGGAUGCAAACUUUUGCCUCGGACCGGUCUAAUCACAGGAGGUUUAACACGCCUGUGCAUUCACGCAUCAGAUCAAUCAUAUUCUAAUCAGAAAAGGAAGACCUGUUUGUUUAUUAAAGUGCUGUAAGUGUGAACCUUAAAGCUUGACACCUUUCCCUUUAAUGACUCGAUCCGAAUGUUCAUAACCUUAAUAAUAAUAAUAAAAAUGUAAAUAUUAUUUAUUGGGUUCAAUCUGUUUAAAAACCCAUGAAGUAUCUGUAAUGUUAUUGCUAUGCCUCUAAACGCUAUUUUAAAAGUAAUGUACACUUUAAGCAGUAGCCUGUAGCUUCUAAGCGCGUAGAUAGGAUUAAAAAUCCAACUUUAUUUAUUUAUGCAUUUAUCAGAAUUCUAUUCUUGAUCUGAGCCAAAAAAAGGAACUGAAAGAAAGGCUUCAGUCUGGUUUGAAGUUCGUCUUUAUUCCAUUUGAUGAAAGGAUGGAAAAAUAAAUCUGUAAUAUUUUAGGAUUAGCAUUUUUGUUUAGUUUUUUUUUCCCCAAUCAGAAGUGUUUUUGGAGAUGGUCAGUGUGGAUGUGAGGAGGUUCUCAGAGAAAACUCGAGCUGUCUGACCACACACACACGUUUUAGUGGGGUGUGUGUGUGUGUGUGUUUUACUGGUGGUAAGGGUGAAUGUGUGUUUGCCGUUUCUUUCCUUUGUUCUUUCUCUCUCAUCCCUCUAAUAUUGUCCUUCUGUUCUGGUUUGUUUCACCUGCUUUACAUUCUUUUGUUCAUCUGACUUUCUGUAUUCAUUUCCUUCUUCUCCUCCUCACCUCUUUCCCGUCUUCCCCCUCUCCUCCUCACCUCUUUCCAUCAGUUCUCUCCGUCUAGCAUGUUCCGCCCCUUUCUCCCUUUCUGGUCAGAGUUAAUGAGAGCGAGUUCAGAUGUCCAGCAGCAGGUCUGUGAGAUGGACCGAUGUAUUUAUUAAUUAAAGUGGGAAUCUCAGAGCUGCAGCUCCACCUGAACUGAAGGGUCUGAAGAUGAAGCAAUAAAACUGAAGGUUUGAGUUUAAACUCGUUCAGAAACAAACUGAAGAGCGUUAACUCCGAGCUUUAAUGGAACGGGAUGAGUUUAUGCUAGUUAGGAAGUAGACAAACAUUUUCAGCACACUUCCUCUUCCAGUACUGUCUCUGGGAAGCGGAACUGGUUACCAUGACGACCUUGCAGUAAACAGUUAGUGAUGUGUGUCACGAAGGAGAGCUGUUAAAUCCUGAGGAAGCGACACAUUACAGCUUCACCAUCAGAAACAGGAGCUUUUAUUUUUUUGAUAACAAACUUUCGUACAAUUUAAUAUCAAAGCUCUAAUUGUGUGUGUGUGUGUGUGUGUGUCAGACCAGGGUCUGUUUAGUGAACCUGAAGCCUCACUGAUGAAACUGAGCAGGCUCUGGUUUCUGUGUGAGGAGUCACGAGGUUCACCAAACUGACCGCUCCACCUUCUGCUCGUUUUAAACUCUGGAGUCCCGAGUCCAGGCCGUUCUAACUAGAGUUAGGAAUGUACACAAGUAGAAUGUAUUAUAACAAAAAAAAAAAACAAGCAGGUGUAGAAAAUAGAUGAAUAUCAAUUAACUUUUAAAAGAAUUUGGUGGGUGCUCUUUUUUUUUUUUUUUUUUUUUAAAACCCUCGUUUGUGUUUACAUCUCUGUCUGAUGAGUUUGUGGGCGUGGCCGAAUUCGCAGCCCGUCCGUCCGCCCGCUCUUCCACGCUGCAGCUGCUGUAGAUACUCGCUCCGUCCUCGCUGCGAUUCGGCUGCUGGGGUUCACCAUGGAGAACUCCCUCACGGGUUUUUGUUGUUUUUAUUGUGACAUGAAGAGAAACAUUCAGACUCUUAUCUACACUUGAAAUAUUAAAAGGUCAUAAUCUAAUGAUGUGAGGUGGUAACUGUGUACGAGUUCCGUGAGCGAGCUGCGCUUGAGUAGACUGGACGUAAAGCGAGGCGGCGCUCCAUGUUCACUAGCUGUGGUGAUGGAGUAGUGAAACACCCUGGUGGUCUGUCUGUCACUGUAUUUGCUAUAAAACAUGCAUAAACAAUUAAACACAAAAUUCUCUGUAAAAACUUUUUUAAAGCAAAUAAAUACGUACUGAUUAUGAACCAU